GACAGAGAAUCGAAAUCCACAGAUUCGACCUCUUCAAACCGCCAUUGAUUCCCUUAGUCUCUCAUUCUCAAUCUCUCUGCUACAAAAGUUUCUUCGAGAAAAGCGGAUUUCCAGAAUGUCGUCGGCGAUGGAGUUCGCGUCGUCGCAAGAGGAGCGAGAAGGAGGAGGAGAAAUGACCGAACAGCUGGAUUUGAUUCCGGUCAAGAGGCUUCUGCUUCCUCGUGAGUUAUUUCUCUCUACGGCCGUUUCUUUGAAGAAUCAGGUUGUGGAAGUCACUUGGAAACGACGUCGUGACGAUAACAUCGGCGUUGAUCCGACGGCCUACACUGGCCUCCUUGGAACAGCGUUAACCUGCCUGAGGUCGUACGAGGCCACCGGUAGCCUUCCGGACUUGCACUUGUGCUCCGAUAUCGUCGACACCUGUUCUCUUGCAGCACGUGCCUCGCACAGGCACUUGACGUUUUUGUGUGGUAGAGUAGGAGUGUAUGCUGUUGGCGCCGUGGUAUCUCAUUACAUGGGGGAUCCCCAAAGGCUCGACAUGUUCUUCAAUCUUUUUCUGCAGGCUGCACAAGAGAAAGCUCUCCCAAUUGGACCUGAGGAAGGAGGUUUUGGAAUGUCAUAUGAUCUCCUUUAUGGGCGAGCUGGGUUCUUAUGGGCUGCCUUGUUCAUAAAUAAGCAUCUUGGAGAGCAGAAGUUUCCCCAUGAUCUUCUCAUGUCUAUAGUUGAUGCUGUAUUAGCAGGUGGAAGGGUGGGCGCAUCCGAUAAUCCAGACUGCCCUCUGAUGUACCGAUGGCACGGGACGAGAUAUUAUGGUGCAGCCAACGGCCUAGCUGGUAUCUUGCACGUACUUCUCCAUUUCCCCCUUUCAAAUGAGGAUGCUGAUGAUGUUAAGAGGACGUUGAGAUAUCUGAUAAGCAAAAGGUUUCCACAUUGUGGUAACUACCCCUCAAGUGAAGGAAACCCCAGGGACAAAUUUGUUCAAUGGUCUCAUGGGGCAACUGGCAUAGGCAUUACCCUUUGCAAGGCUUCGCAGGUUUUCCAUGAAGACAGAGAAUUUAGGGAUGCUGCGAUUGAAGCAGGGGAAGUAGUAUGGAAAAAUGGAUUGGUCAAGGAAGUUGGACUCGCAGACGGUGUUUCUGGGAAUGCGUACGCCUUCCUUUCCCUUCAUCGCCUUACCGGAGAGAGCGAGUAUGAAGAAAGAGCCAGAGCAUUUGGAACCUACUUGUAUCAUAAUGCUAGCAAGCUUGUUGGUGCCGAAAGCCAAAAUGGAGGUGACCGUCUUUACUCUCUUUUUCAUGGUCUAGCUGGAACUGCUUGCCUUUGGUUCGAUCUGUGUAAGCCCGAGGAGUCGAGGUUCCCUGGUUAUGAAUUGUAGUUCGAGCUCAACUCAUGUGGUUAGCAUCUUCUUUAAGCUAAGGAGUCUUUCAGCUGUGAAUUCUCUUCAAUGGCGAUUCCUGCAGCUUCCUUAGCCACUGUGGCUUCGUUCAAGGCCUGUUUUAGAAUGUCCCUUAAUUUCUUUAUCUC